AUGUUCCACAUGCAAACUUCUCCGUCAUCCCUUGUAGCAGCAGGAGACGCCACCGUCAUCGCCGUCAGUGGCGGCCGGCACAGCCAUUCCGCGGUCAAAUGGGCUGUGGAACACCUUCUAAAGAGGAACUCCUCAUGUAUCCUUAUUCACGUUCAGACCAAGUCCAUGCAUGCCAAUGAUGUUGUUGACGUACCUAAACAUGGUCGUACACCAACUGAAGAAGAAUUGCACCAAUUAUUUCUUCCCUUUAGAGGGUUUUGUGCUCGAAAAGGGAUCGCAGCAAAGGAAUUGGUCCUGCAUGACAUUGAUAUUCCAAAAGCGCUUACAGAUUACGUCGUUGAAAAUUGUAUCAGCACUGUUGUUAUUGGUGCUGAUACUUCCUCCUGGAAUACUUUUAUGAGGAAAUUUAGCAAAGAUGCAGAUGUGCCAAAUAGUUUAUCGAAGUCUUUGCCAGAGAACUGCACUUUAUACGUCAUAGCAAAAGGAAAAGUACAACAUAUCCGACCAACAGGUCUUCCUUAUCAUCAACAUAUUCAUCCUCAUCAACAACAUAUUCAUCCCCAUCAACAACAUAUUAAGGUCAAACCAACUAAAUCUAUAAGAGACAUAGUCACGCUCUUGAACAAUGCCCCAUUGGUUCAUCCACAUAUGAAUCUUGCAGAGACCUUUGUAGAUUCUGAAGAUAUUACCAUAAAAUCAAUCAAAGAUCCAAUUGGGAGGGACUCCGGCAAAGCUUGGGAAUCUUUACGUGAACAAACAACAUCGCAUAAGCACAAUGAAGGUAACAAUUCACCAAGAGGUCCAGAAGAAUACUCCUCAUUACAAAAUUCAUCAACUAGAAGUUCUUCUGAAAACAGUGACAACACAGGGCAAAUGCUUGAUUCUCCUAUGGCUGAUAAGUCACGUGGAAACCAUGAAGUAGCUGUAAACUCAGACAAGCCUAAGUCUCUAAAACCCCAAGUAGACUUAGAGAUGGAAAUGAGGAAAUUGAAAUUAGAAUUGAGGAAAACAACGGAGAAGUAUGGCAUGGCUUGCAAAGAAGCUGUUAUAGCAAAACAAAAGGCCACGGUGCUUGAAAAGUUUAGACAAGAAAAGGAACGCAAUGUAGAAGAAGCUAGGCAUGCUGAAGAGACUGCAUUGGCUUUGGCAGAGGUAGAGAGGCAGAAAGCCAAAGCAGCUAUGGAGUCGGCAGAAAUGUCACAGCACCUGGCAGAAAUGGAAAUCCGAAAGAGAAAGGAAGUCGAACUAAGAGCCAAGCAAGAGGAAAAAGAGAGGAACAAAGAAUUGCAUGAUGUUGUGUGUAAUAGUAUUCCAUACAGAAGAUACAAAACUGAAGAACUUGAAGCUGCAACAGAUAACUUCCACGAUGCUUUGAAAAUUGGAGAAGGUGGAUAUGGACCUGUUUUUAGAGGAGUGAUUGAUCACACUGUUGUUGCCAUUAAGGCCUUGAGACCAGACCUAGUCCAUGGAGAGAGGCAAUUUCAACAAGAGCUUAUUGUUUUGAGCACCAUAAGGCAUCCAAGCAUGGUGCUCCUCCUAGGAGCAUGCCCGGAGAACGGAUGCCUCGUGUAUGAGUACAUGGAAAACGGCAGCUUAGAAGACUGCCUCUUCCACAAAAACAACACUCCACCAAUUCCAUGGAGAACGCGUUUCAAGAUAGCCUCAGAGAUUGCCACAGCCCUUCUUUUCCUCCACCAAACAAAGCCCGAACCCCUCGUGCACCGCGACCUUAAGCCAGCAAACAUCCUCUUGGACAAGAACUACGUGAGCAAGAUCAGUGACGUGGGUCUGGCACGCCUUGUUCCCCCUUCUGUGGCAGACAAAACGACACAGUAUCGCUUGACAGGUGCAGCAGGAACGUUCUGCUACAUUGACCCUGAGUAUCAGCAAUCGGGCUUGUUGGGUGUGAAAUCAGACAUAUACUCAUUAGGUGUGGUGCUGCUACAGAUCAUAACAGGGAAGUCUCCAAUGGGUUUGUCACACUUGGUUGAGAAGGCUCUUCACAAAGGCACCUUCAGCGAGGUGCUUGAUCCUAGUGUCACAGAUUGGCCUGUGGAGGAGGCUAUGGCAUUUGCCAACUUGGCCUUGAAGUGUUGUGAGUUGAGAAAACGUGACAGACCGGAUCUUGGUACUAUCAUUUUGCCUGAGCUUAAUCGAAUAUCAGGGAUAUGGGAUUUUGAAGAACAACCACGUUAGUUCUCCUCGUUUUUGAAUAAACUGCAUGCAUGCAUGGCGUGCAGUUGUUGAAUGUUGAUGCAGUUGCUCUUUAUACUCUACACUUUAUAUUUUAUCAUAAUUUUUUUUUAAUAUUUAUGCACUGCAUGUUACAUUGUAAUCAAAUAGAAA